AUGGCGCAAGUAAUUGCACCAAUGUCUCCUCUACACCAUCUGCCAAGUCCUUCUCAGGGACAGUCCUUGGUCAGGCACACUACAAGCAACUUGCAGCGUAAACAAUCCAAGUUUCCCUCCAACAAUUCGUCUCCAAAACCAGCGGAACCAAACAACCCAGCCCCAAAGGAACAGGAUCCAGGAGAAAAGUCCACAGAGGAAUCGAUAUCAGCCGACUCCGAUUGCGAGGAAUUAGCACCGAGGCGGUCGGCAGCAAAGAUUCGAAGCAAAGAAGCAGUAACACAAAGCCUCGAAAUUCCAUGUCUCAAUGAGCUAGGACUCUAUGCGUUCCCUACCAAGGGUGAUGGCAACUGUCUGUACUACGCCCUGUCCGAUCAAAUGUACGGGAGCCCGGACCAUGCCGACCAGAUUCGUCUUCAGCUUGCAGAUCAUAUUGCUGCUCACAGAGAUUACUUUAUAAACUUCAUAGUUGCCGCCGGUGGCGAGCGGAGAGCUCCUAGACGAGCAGCUGCAUCCAGAUAUUCGUCUUCAUCCAGAUAUUCUUCGUCCAGAUAUUCUUCUUCCUCGUCUUCGUCGGCAAGCCCGGCACCUCCCUCGUCCGAGGACAUCGAACGCAGCUUCGAGUCGAAAUUGGAGGGUUGUCGAAAGAAUGGCACAUGGGGUGGCUCCGAAGACAUUCAAGCAUUUUGCCAGUCAUUCAAAGUCGACGUUCGCGUCUACAGCACGAAAGGCAUUCAGACCUUUCGAGACGUUUAUGCUCCGGGCAGUGAGGAGAGGACAAUUCUCCAUGUCGCUUUUCACGACUUCAACCACUACUCCUCAGUGCGGCAUGUGGAUGGCCCUCAUACUGGACUGCCGCGUAUCCCGAAAGAUUUGAAAUCAGAUAACCGGGCUUCAAACAGGUCGCCACCUCCCAACGCUGGAGCUAUGCGCUCCGCUGAUGAAAGUGAGGAUGAAGACGCUCGCCCGGCUGUUCGCCGCAAGAUCGUCCGAGUUGGGGCACCAGAGAACAGAUUGACCAUGAAGUUACGCAGUCGGUCUUCCUCGCGGGCCUUGUCUCCUUCUCUCGUCAGCACAAAGCGCUCCGCUGAGGAGGCUGCUCAUGAGGGUUCUCGCCCUACCCUUGGAUCGAAGCGCUCCGCUGAUGAGGCUGCUCAUGAGGAUUCUCACUCUGUCCUUGGAUCGAAGCGCUCCGCAGAUGAAAGCGAAGAUGAAGAUCCUCGCCCAGCUGUUCGCCGCAAGAAAGCCCGAGUUGGGGCUCUGGAGAACAAAUUGACCAUGAAGUUACGCAGUCGGUCCUCCUCGCGAGCUUUGUCUCCUUCACCUGCCAGCAUGAAGCGCUCCGCUGAUGAGACCGUGGAUGAGGAUCCGCGUCCUACCCUUCGGAGGCGGAGACUCCGCAAUCGCAUUAGCACCUAA